CGCCUUUCGUCAUUUCAGUUACGGCCGGCUCUGGCAACAAUAGUGCGUGGGCUCCUGGUGAUUUCUUAUAUUCUCCUUGCCCAGCGUACAUCAAUGAGCAACUGGCGGGCGGCAACACAAAAAAAAUGACUUUCCGUUGCUACAUUCGCCUCAAUUUCGUCAUCGUGUUUGGUUACAGAUGCCAUGGCAUGGGAUAGUUUUAUUAGGAGAGUCAAACUGAUCUGACUGCGCAAGACUGUCAUAGAGUAUUAAGAGGUCUACGUUUGGGCAGCUCCGAUGACUUCGGAACUUCAGCAAAUCCCCGCCAACGGUCUUCACGUAGGAGACCAGCAUAAUUCUGCACUAGACGGAACCCGUCUAAAUCUAGAAAGCAUUACCUCUUUAGAGCCUCUCGCACCGAUAUACGACCUUCUCGACGACGCUCUUAUUGAUAAUAGACCAGUUCAUAUCGAAUACCUUCUAAUUAGUCGACAAUACUACAAGCGCAUCCUGCCUAUUAUCUAUAAUCAUGUCAACAUCAACAACGACAACAUCGGGCAGCUUAUAUACCCCUGGGUUCAGGAGAGCGAAAACUUUGGAACUGGGUCGGUGGAUGGUAGACGCAAAGCGGAAGCUCUCAAACUAGUUGAAGUUGUUACUCUCAGCGAUGCGGAAGCUGCUGAAAAACUUGCGUGGUGGAGUCUGAACCACAGUCAUCUCCUGAAUGCCAAGCAGCCAACAAAGAUAUGGGGUAUUCCUCACAGUUUGUCAACUUGCGCCUUUCCCAACGUCAAGCAUGUCCGUUUAGAGUGGGAUUUCAUUGGUCCCAAAGGUUUUCUCAACCAAGCCCCGUACACUGCAAGCCUAGCAACUUUUAGGCCACCCAUUAGCGGUGUGUCUUGGGGACUCAUCUUUGACCAAGUCUUCACUCAGCAGCUCGCCGUGACAAGCUUCUGUUCCAGCAUGCCGUUACCGAUGCUGGGGACAUGCGAUUUAUACACCGCCUUAACAAUAGGGUCAUUCAGCCGAGGUAUUACUGAUUUACUCGGUCGACUGUCUAAACGAAAUAGCGUGCCUCUUCAAACAUUCGUUUUCCACUAUUAUCUAUGCGAAACGCCUGACUAUCCACGAUUGCCAGGGGUCAGCUUGCCAACACCCCCUGAUGGCGUUUCGGUAUAUUAUGAUUUCGAGUUUCAGGAAGAAAAAAUGAAAACCACAGUCGAGAUUCUCCGAGAAAUAUACAGUCUGUUCAAAUUUAGUAUGUGGAAAGCAUGGAGGAAAGCAGACCUCUCAAAAGUCACGUUUGUGAUACCUUUUCGCGAGGAUCUUGACAAAGCUGUUCAAGAGUUGAGAUAUGGGAUUCGGGAGUACAUCGUGCCGAGAAGGCGGUCUGUGACAGUGGACGAUCUAUAUCCGAGGAUCCAGAUGAGAGAUGAGAAGAUCAACAGGUGUCCGUGUAAGAAGCACGUAAUGGUCCCCAAGGCGUGAAACUUGCAGGUUGUAGGUUGUAGGUUGUAGGAGCUUGGUCGUUUGCUAUCUUAAGGACAAACAGUCUGAUUAGUGGUCAUCUUGUUGGUAACUUGCUUUAUCCCGUAUAUUAUAUUAUUAUUUUAUAUGACAUUGGAGCUUUUUUGGGUAAUAAGAUGAGCCGCAUAAUAUUAUAUAAUAAAGCGAUGGAAUUGCUAGCUAAUAUAUAUUCAUUAAUGGUAUAAGCCCUCGAUUUGGUGAUGAUGCUCUUGACGUUUGUCGUGGGAGCGAGGUCUUGCAAUGCUACGC